AUGCCAAAGAAACUCUCCAAACACCCCGCCACCAGCAGCACAACAACCCUCUCCCCAUCCUCCCCCCCGCCCUCAACGCCAGCCAUCCUCUCCGACACCCUGCCGCUGCCCACCCUCAUCGUCUUCGACCUAGACUACACCCUCUGGCCCUUCUGGAUCGACACGCACGUGACGCCGCCCCUCAAAGCCGACGCCGCGCACACGUCGGCCACAGACCGCCACGGCGACACCUACGCCUUCUACCCCGACGUGCCCGCCAUCCUCGCCGCACUGCCGCGCGCCGGCGUCCGCACGGCCGUCGCGUCGCGCACCCACGCGCCGGACCUCGCGCGCGACCUGCUGCGCAUGCUGCACGUCGCGCCCGUGCCGCCGGGCGACGAGGCCGAGGGGGCCAACAGCAAGAAGAAGGACAGGCCGAGAAGGGCGGUCGAGUUCUUUGACGGCGGGCUCGAGAUGUAUCCCAGCUCCAAGAUGCGGCACUUUGAGGCGCUACGCAAGAGGACCGGGGUCGCGUAUGAGGAGAUGCUCUUCUUUGACGACGAGAGCCGGAAUCGCGAUACCGAGUCGUUGGGCGUCACUAUGUACCUCGUGCGCGACGGCACGGGGUGGGCGGAGAUUGAGAAGGGUAUUCUCGAGUGGCGCAAACGACGGGGAAUUGCAUGA